AUGAAAGACGACGACGCUACCCCUCCCGCGUACGAUAGCGAGGAGAACUUCAAGACCUAUGCCGUCUCUAGAUAUGAUCAGAUGUUGCUGGAAAACGACAAAGAGAUAGACUGGUGGUGGUCUCUGCUGGCCAAGAUCUUCUCGUGGCUAUUGUUGGCAGGCUACAUUGUGUUUCCUUCCACGUUCGCCUCGCUGAAGAGGUCGCAAGUUCUCGAAAGCAUGGGCAAGGUCGGGCAGACGGUGGCAUACUGGGUCAACGACUGUCUGAUUGCUCUGGCCUCUGUGCUUUCGGGCGUUGCAUCCAUCGGCCUGGCAUGGCUGUGGUUCAAGUGGCGUGCAAACUAUGUCUGGGUGCAUCAACACAUAAUCAUAAAGACCCAGAUCGCCAUCUUUUCCAAUGGUUACAACGCCUCAAGUGCCGCUGCGUCGGAUCCUAGGGCCAGACCCGCGGCGCAUACGGCAGCAGGAAAACAUGAUAGAAACCUGCCAAAGCAGACCGAGAGCCAAAAAAAGGAGCGCGUUUUGGCCGCGGUCCCAGAGAGAGGUUUACCCAGCCCGAAACACGACAACAUAUCGGAUCGCCCAUCACACGUCGAAAAGGGCUCACCCUUGAAGCACUAUCAGGCCGAGUUCGAGCUCAACGAUCUCGGGGGUACUCUGACAGUGGCGUCAAGACAUCGAAAACUGUUCCACAUCAGGGAACUGGUCCGCACGGAGUCAAAAGAAGUCCUGGAAAAGCUGAGAGUGCUUCGCCACCAAAAUGUUGUCGAGUUCAUCCAGGCGUACAUGACGCCCACCUCUUUCCACGCCGUCUUCGAGGCCAUGGCU